CCCUAUCAGAGCUCUUCACGCGUCGUAGGAAACCACCGUGUUGCAUUGAUGAAGGUCCAAUGGCAUCGGGAUCAGGCACCCAGAAGGUUAAUGCCAAGGGGCUGCCAGUGGACUGGGAGCUGGUGACCUCUAGUGGUCCCUCACUGGCAUUUCAUGUUGGGUGUGUUCUUGGCAACAACUUGUACAUACAUGGAGGUAUGGAGACAAAGGAUGGCAAACAGCCAUCAGAUAAACUCUUUCGUUACAACUCGAGUUCACAAUCUUGGCAAGAAAUCAAGGUUGAAGGAAGCCCCGCCCUUAGUCACCAUGCCUGUGUCCCAUUGGCUGGUAGAUACAUGCUUCUGAUUGGAGGAUGGGAUGGAAAAUCAAGGACUGCAAAGGUUGUGGCCUUUGAUGCAGAAAAACAACAAUGGCUGAUGCAGGACACCAGUGGUUUCCCUGGCGAUGCCGGACUUAGUUCACACACAGCAACACUUUUGUCUUCAGGGGAGAUAAUUAUAUUUGGACGAGAAGGAAGUUUACGUAUGCAGCGUCGUCACGGCAAUAGUUAUAUAUUAAGCGGAAGUGUACAAUCAGGCCAUUUUACCUUCAAGGAGUUUACAAAUGUUGCUGCUUCAAGAUCCGGUCAUACUUCAAAUAUUGUUGGAAAUAAACUAUAUGUGGUUGGAGGGAGAGAAAAUAAUUUCGUAGAAAUUCACGACAGAUUAAGAAGUGGAGAAAGUGAUAAUCAGAGUGUGACCACCAAACUUAUGAAAAUCGUUGAAAAAUUAUCCCCGAUGUCUAAAUUACCUGGUGGUCGAAAAAACCAUGUUGCUAUUGGUGGUGCCGGAGUACUUUUUAUUCAUGGAGGCGACACCUUCGAUGGUAGAAGUCGUGAAUCUGUUGGGGAAAUGUUUCUCUUAACUUUUAAACCCACAAUGCAAUUCUACAAACUUGGGGAUAGUUCUGUGAGACGAUGUGGUCAUAUUUGCUGUAUCAUUGGUGACAAAGUAAUCCUGCAUGGUGGCUUAGGUGGGAAAAAUAACUGUCAUGUGUACAGCGACACGUUCAGUCUGGAGUUUAAAUAGGAGAUUAAUUAUACUCAAUUAUAUGAUUAUAGUUGUUUCCACUUAUUGCAACAAUUUCAAACUAUUUUUAUUUUGUUGAUAUUGUUUUAUUCUGCCCUUUAUUGUCCUACUAAAAGUUAUGAUAAUGUAUUGCUGAAAUAAUAAUCAUUUCAUUUUCUAAAAUUUACUUAUAUCGCAUAACUACUUUAUAUUAUAAUUAGUUGCCAGUGUCCAGCUUGACCGGGAAAAUUUUAUAUAAGCUUUUCUUUGGCACAGUGACAAUGUACAAUGUAUAUAAACAAGAGGCGUAUUGGUCCUGUAUUGCUCACUUGCUUCUCAUGGAACUUUGAAGUUAAUCUAAGUCAUUUAUGCAGAUGCCAGAUGCUAAGCUGAUAACCACUUGAUUGAGUAGGCUUGGUUUAUUCAUUUAAUUUAAUUAUUUUUGUAGCCCUUCAUUCCAGCAUACUUCUUGCCCAAUAUCGGGUCUCUGGGGCUAAUGAUUAUUGAAAAGUCAUUAUUUAAAGAUUUUGACACAUUUGACCCCUUAGGUAGGUGGAAUAAAAGUGCUGAAUGGCAUGUGACGAGCCUUUAGUAUGUUGUUCAGUGAGGAAGUCACCAACUACUACAAAGAAGGAGAUCCCACCUCAAUAUUACCCUGGCUGUUCGCAGGGUGAUAAACCCAGCAAACAAACAAGCAAAGAAAUUUCAAAAAGUAAAAAUUUGAACAAACAACACAAACACAAAUUUGAUUUUUGUUGAACUCUUCAUUAGAAUUUCAACAGUGCAUAAAUAUGUGGAGGGUGUGUUCUUGGUAACCCUACACAUUUAGGUUCUCGGGAGUGAUGACAUCAGUCUACAUCUCGACAUAACAUCCUCAGACAGGAAGUAAUGUCAAACACAAAAUGUUUUACAGGAAGUGACAUCAUUUAAUUGGUCAACAAAGAAAUGACACAAAGCAAAUUGUUGACGUAAGUGAUGAAAUACAAAUAUUUUACAGGAAAGGACAUUAGAAAGUAUUGACAGGAAGUGACAUCUUACAAAUUGUCAAUGAGAACUGACAUACUAAUUUAUGACAGGAAGUGACAUCUCACAAAUUAUUGACUCAUACAAAUUAUUGACAGGAAGUGACUCACAUGAUACAAAUUGUCAACAGGAAAUUACAUCAUUAAUUGUUGACAGGAAGUGAUAUCAAAUAAACAUUAAAACUCAAUGUCCACAGGUAUUGCACUUGUUUUUAUGUCCAAAAUAAAUUAAAGAAAAACUAAUGCCUAAAUUUACAAAAAUUGAGACAUAUUUUCUUCAUUUAUUAUAUUUUCAGAGGUACAUUGUAUGACAUAUAUGCCUGGUUUUACCUUUUAUACACGAUUGUAUGGAGUUCUGGAAAGAUGCUACAUCACCGACAGCAUAUAUAUGACUGUUCACAAAAAUGCAUAAAAAAGUACAUGGAAAUAUAUGUAAUUAACAUUAACAAAUGAAAAAAAAUAAAAUCUAGCAUCUGAAAUAUAAUCGUUUAUAGAGGCAGAGAACAAUGGAUUGUUAUUUUUGUAUGCAAUAAAUCAUUUAUUCACUUUAUAAGAAAGAACAAGAUCUAGCGAAGCUCAAACUUUAGGAGGGUGGCAAUAGCCAAGCCCAUAUAACAUUUGGUAUUUUAUAUACCACAGCCUAUAUACUUGUUUUCACUCAAUCAUCAUAAUUAUUCUGUUGGAGAUGUAGCACCUUAAGGACCAAUGUACAAGUCAAGAUAUUCUAGUAAAAUUCUACACUAAUAAUGUACAAUUUAAAACAUAUUUUGCAACGGACUUGGUAUAUCAGCUACACACACUAUAUACACAAUAUGUUAUCCGACCACGGCAACAUUAAAACAUUGUGUGAGUACAGAACAUGUUAAUGAAAUAAUUUGUAAAUAAAUUGUAAGUACAUUUCAAGAGACUUUGUGAGUGUUCUUAUUUUUGUGAUUUCUUUACAUUUAAAUUUUUUAUGUGAUGUUUUUUUUUUACUGGCCACACUCCAAAUUAGUUUGGUAUUUAUGAUUCAGCUGCAUAUGUCAGGAUCAGGCAACAACCCAGGCAAGUCGAAGUGUCUAUACCUUUCAAGUGAGAAGUCUCGGAGAGAAAUCUGUAGAGGGCAGCUUUGAUAAGUACAUGUGUACCAAUCAGAUAGUUUACACUAGAUUCCCGACCUGCAGUGGAGAAAUCUAGAAACUGUAUUUUAUUGGCUUAGCAACCUGUACAAAACCAUACAUUCAACUUCUUUCUUUCUCUUUAAAAUCAUAAUUGGCAACAUUGCUGGGUUGAACAUCCACCAAAGAUUCUUUUACAUUCUUCAAUCAAUUUCAUUGGUCUUUUUCAGCAAAUAUAAAUUUUUCAUUUCAAUCUAGAAAAAAAACACCUUUAUUUUUAGAGAAGAUAACGAUAGCGCCACUACAAUAUUACAAAAAAAAGAAAGAAAAAAAAAAAAAAGAUUUUUAUUUCUGUUAAUGGUUCACAUUACAUAAAGCCAUUGCAUAGAGAAUUUGCAUUGCACUGUCAACACACAGCUCCAUAUCAAAGUAUGUGUACACAACUCCACAAAUAUGCCGAGAGGACAAUAUUUAAUGUCAUCAAAGGAAAUCCUGAUCAGUGUGUUCCACAUUAACUUAAAAAUGUACAACCAUAUUGCAUUAACAAUUAUCAAGUGACAUGUGCAUUGCUUGCACAAAAAAUAAAUGAAAUUGUAGUUUCUACUCGCAGAAAAAUGUCCUUUAGUUAUUGUAAUGCUGAAAUGCUCAGCUUCACUGAACAUAAGUUCCUGUAAUUCUUGGCCAAAAAUGUUGUGGGAAAAAUUUCAAGUUUUUGAGUACAUUAUGAUUAUUUCAGUGAAAAUUUCAGCAAAGAUACAUGUACAGGUAAAAUUCUGAAAUUUCGGCCACCAAAACGAUCCCUUGUUCAUCGUGUAUUUCAUUAUGCUGCUGAUAAACCCAAAUUCUAUGUGAACUCUGCUGUCAACAAACAAAAAUA